UUCACUUCAGACAGUGGGAGCGAGAGAACGCAGGAAUGGUGUCUGAAAAUCCUUUCCCUUCUUUCAAGCGCUCGGGAACUGCGAAUAUCUGCAAUUCCAUCGCGAAAAGGAUCUUUUCAGAUGUUGCAGGGGAUAUAACAGUUGAUGUUGAUGGCCAAUCCUUCUUAUUACAUAAGUUUCCUCUGGUCUCCCGGAGUGGAAAGAUCCGAAAAAUGGUGGCGGAUUCCCGUGAUACAGACCUAUCAAUGCUGGAGCUUCUCAACGUACCAGGUGGGCCGCAAACCUUUGAACUUGCGGCCAAGUUCUGUUAUGGCACAAACUUUGAGAUCACUACUGUGAAUGUGGCUCCCCUUCGUUGUGCUGCUGAAUACCUGGAGAUGACCGAAGAUUACAGAGAAGAAAACCUCAUCGCCAGGACGGAAACCUACUUGAAUGAGAUAGUCAUGCCAAGCCUUGAGAAAUCAGUGGAAGUUCUGUCGACCUGCGAGAGUCUGCUUCCUAUUGCAGACGAAGUGGGUAUCCUCGACAGAUGUGUGGAUGCAAUUGCGAUGAAUGCUAGCAAGGAGCAGUUGGUCUCUGGCUUGUCUCGACUGGAGUGCAAUGGUGGGUCUGGGAAAUUGAAGACGGAUUUUGGAGAAUGGUGGGUUGAGGAUCUCUCUGUUCUGAGGAUAGAUCUUUAUCAGCGAGUGAUCACGGCCAUGAGAAAGACGGGUGUUCGAUCAGACAGCAUUACAGCGUCUUUGAUUCAUUUCGCCCAGAGCUCCUUGAAAGGUAUUGGAAAACGUCAGGCAUGGGAGCCAGCAAGGAUGAAAACGAAUGCUGGGAUGGAUGUGGAAAAUGAACAGCGAGUGGUUCUGGAGAUCCUCGUUAGUCUUUUGCCGAUAGAGAAAUCUGUCCCGUUGACAUUUCUGUUCGGAAUGCUGAAGAUGGCGAUUGUCUUGGAUACCUCCGUUGCUUGCAGACUUGAACUGGAGAGGAGAAUUGGAUUGCAGCUGGAAAUGGUGUCGCUUGAUGAUCUGCUAAUCCCUUCAUUGCAGUCAGGAGAUUCUCUGUUUGAUGUGGAUACUGUCCAUCGCAUACUGGUGAAUUUUCUGCAACGGAUUGAAGAGGAAGAGCCCGAAGAAUCGUCACAGUAUGGUUACGAAUCUGAAGGUCUGGAGUCUCCGAGCCAUGCUUCUGUUUUGAAGGUCGGCCGUCUGAUUGAUGGGUAUCUUGCGGAAAUUGCGCCUGAUCCUUAUCUGAAGUUGCAAAAGUUCAUGGCUAUCAUUGAGCUCCUGCCGGAUUAUGCCCGUGUGGUUGAUGAUGGCCUCUACAGGGCUGUUGAUAUAUACUUAAAGGCGCAUCCGUCUAUGACUGAGCUGGAAUGCAAGAAGCUCUGCAAGCUCAUUGACUGCCAGAAGCUCUCGCAAGAGGCGUCCAGCCAUGCAGCCCAGAAUGAGCGCCUCCCUGUCCAGAUGGCGAUCCGUAUCCUCUACUUCGAGCAGCUUCGCCUCAAGAAUGCCCUCGGCGGGAGCUCUGGCGAUGGUUUCCUAUCGCAGAGGAUGAGCAGCGGGGUCCCCAGCGCAGCCAUGUCCCCACGCGACAACUAUGCGUCCCUGCGGCGGGAGAACCGCGAGCUGAAGCUCGAGAUAUCGAGGAUGCGGGUCCGGCUCAGUGAGCUGGAGAAGGAGCAAGUGUUCAUGAAGCAGGGGAUGAUGGGGAAGCCUGGGGAGGGGAAAACAUUUCUAUCAUCUCUGUCAAGGGGGUUUGGGAUCUUCGGCAGGCCUGUGGCAGGGAAGCGGCCCAAGUGCACGAGGAAGGGUCAGGGUUCUGAGGGGAAGAGUGGCAGGAGGCGGAGGCAUUCCACAUCGUGAGAUUGCCCACUUGAAUUUCAUUUUCGGGCACGAAUGUAUUGUUUGUAGUGAGAAUUUUAGCCUUUUGAUUAAGCAGUGUUUUUUAUUUAGUACUAACUAGCUUUGGGAAUAGGUUCUCGGAGGUAGCGGCGGCGGCGAUGCGGGAGUCGUAGAUCUUUCUGUGUAUCUCUGUUGUAAUUUUAAAAGUGAAAUGGUAAUCAUGUGGAUGACAGUUGAGUCC